GUAGCUGGUAUUAAGUAUCAAAAUUUCAAAUUAGCUGCUCUACCGAUAUCACCUUAUAUAGAUUCGCCUUAGCUUCACAUUUGCCUGUUUAGAGUGCAACAGUGUGAGAAAAGAACGCGAAAAUUGGACACAUCUGGCGCAGGGCGGAAUAAAUACAACAUUAUUACGAGAAAAGAAAACAUCUUUAAAUACACAGCAUAAAUUUUAUAUUUUUGAAGUUCUCACAAAGUAAAGAAAUGGAGCAGUUAUCAAACGAAAACCCGCACAUUAAGCAAAUAACAAUGUGGUCAGACAGGGAGACGCGCCUUUUGCUCGACAGGUACGAUAGCUACAGCCCUGAAAUUGGGCCGAUGGGAAAGAUUCGAAAUAAAAAGGAAAUGUGGCAAAUGAUUUCCGAAGAAAUAGAGGGAAGAACAGCGAAACAAUGUGAGGAGAGAUUUAAAACUGUCAUGAAAAAAAGAAAAACGGCGCACCGGAAAAAUAAGCACACAUCAAGAGAAAAGAGGCAAAGGGUUGAUAACGAACAGGAGGUGUACAUGAGCACAUUGGAGAUGGAGAAAGAAGUAGAUAAAAAGAAAACGUUACAGGAGACGCUGCUCGAAAUAGCCCAAAGAAAAGAAGAAGCGAGGGAGCGGCGACAUAGAGAGAAGAUGGAGUCGCUCAAUAACAUACACCAGCUGCUCACGAAUUUGUUGUAUACCAGUUGAAAUUAAUCACAAACGAGUUAUUAUGACGACCGUCAUAUUGUAGACGAAAACCAACCAACAAAGCCAAAAACUUAGUACUUUAAAUUAAAAAGAUAUGUAUGUUAAAUUUUUACUAAUUUAAAUAAUGUAAAACAAUCUCCUGUUAAAAAUAAAUUGGCAUGCAAACAAGGGGUGGGUCCAAUCAUAAACAUUCCCAUGGCAGACGUUCUACGUUACCGGUUAGGUAGUAAUGGUUGCCCAGAGAGUGGGCCCACUUGGACGAAAGCAGUUUGGUUCAUCCUUUACCUUUGCAAGAGGGGGAAAAAGAGGUGAAGGAAA